AUGGCGGAUCUUGUUCCCGCCAGUUUUUUGACACGGGCCAAUGCCCUGUUCAGAAAAAACUUAACCUAUCAGAGACGAAACAUAUGGAGCAACGUUCGGCUCAUAGUGAUCCCAUUGUACCUUUGUGUGCUUCUAGUAGGCAUUCAAUUUCUGUUCGAUACUCAAGUUAAUAACUCUCCUGAUAAUCGAUGUGGUUGUCGAUGCAUUGACGACAAAAAUGGAGAUGGUAAAUUCGAAAAAAGGAGUUGCGGUUUAGAAUAUUCAUCUCAGAAGCAAGCAUUAUACUGUGCAUUCCCCAACCCUCAACCACUGCCUCCUUUGUUACCUAUUCCGUUUCCCAAAACUCUUCCUGAGUCGUGCAGACGAACCGGAUCUUGUCCUGUAACCAUACUUGUUACUGGGAAUAACCCUUCUCUUGGACCAACUUUAUCUAGGAAUCUGCUCACUACUUCUUUCAGUGCGAACUCCUCUGAGCUCUGGCUGCGUAAUCCAGCCAUUAAUGUCUUGGGUACAACAUCAGAGCCAAGCUUCACCAGUUAUUUUGAUCCAGGGAUUCACUCACAGCUUCCGAUCAUCAACAUCCAACCUCAAUGCCCUCCAAGAACCACAUUUUCAUUCUCAUUCGGACAAUCUCCACUUACGUUUCAGAAAGAGGUGAGAUGCGUUCAAGGAUUGAGUCUCUGGCGGAAUAAAUCCAUAGAGGUCAAUCAUGAGAUAUUCAAGGGAUAUCAGAAAGGAAAUCAUGAGGAAGUUAUCAAUGAGGUCACCGCAGCAUACGAUCUCUUGGACACUGAUAGGAACAACUUCAAUGUGACCAUAUGGUACAACUCUACAUACAAGACCAAGUUAUUAGAGAGAUAUGUAAAGCUUGUCCGAGUUCCACGCUUAGUCAAUUUAGUGUCGAAUGCUUAUCUUCAGUAUUUGCUAGGGCCAGGGACAAAGUCGUUAUUCGAGUUUGUCAAAGAAAUGCCUAAACUAGAAACUACGCUUCAUGUGGACGUGGCGUCUCUUACUGGCCCCCUUUUCUUUACUUGGGUUAUUCUUCUUUUGUUCCCUGUGAUCUUGUCAUCAUUGGUGUAUGAGAAACAGAAGCGUCUAAGAAUUAUAAUGAAGAUGCACGGACUCGGAGAUGGUCCAUAUUGGAUGAUUUCCUACGCCUAUUUUCUCGCCAUUUCCACGAUAUACGUUAUAUGCUUGAUGAUAUUUGGAUCAGCAAUAGGCUUGAAGUUCUUCCGAGUUAAUGACUACAGCAUCCAAUUCAUUUUCUAUUUUCUCUGCAUAAAUCUGCAAAUCUCCAUUGCCUUUUUAGUUUCUUCAGCAUUUUCAAAAGUUGAGACAGCAUCAGUUGCUACUUACAUAUACGUCUUUGGAUCUGGGCUCUUGGGCACGUUUCUCUUCCAGUUUCUGAUGGAAGAUUUAUCGUUUCCAAGAUGCUGGAUUUUUAUAAUGGAGUUGUAUCCUGGCUUCUCCUUAUACCGUGGUUUGUAUGAGUUCUCUGAGUUUGUCAGUCAGGGUAGAAGGGAUGGUAUGAAGUGGAAAGAUUUCAGUGCUAGUGGAAUGGAUGAAGUUUUCUACAUUAUAAUCGUCGAGUGGUUUCUCGCACUCAUUGCAACUUACUAUAUUGAUCGAGGUUCUUUAUCAUUGAAAGACUCUUUUUUAUUCUUGAAAACACCUUUCAAAAAAUCUACUUCUACACAAAGGCAUAGCCUGCAAAAACAAGGCUCUGCCGUUUCCAUAGAAAUGGAGAACAUAGAUGUCACUCAAGAGAGAGAAAAAGUUGAGCAAUUGAUGCCUGAGCCGAGCACAAGAUAUGCGAUUGUAUGUGAUAACUUGAAGAAGGUGUAUCCUGGUAGGGAUGGGAACCAACCUAAAACGGCAGUUCAAGGGUUAUCUAUCGCUGUGCCAUCGGGAGAAUGCUUUGGCGUGUUAGGGCCCAAUGGUGCUGGAAAGACCUCCUUCAUCAAUAUAAUGACUGGGCUAGUGAAACCAACAUCUGGGGCAGCUUUCGUUCGAGGUUUGGACAUAUGCAAGAAUAUGGACAGAGCAUACACUAGCAUGGGUGUAUGCCCUCAGCACGACUUGCUCUGGGAGACGCUGACAGGAAGAGACCAUCUGCUGUUUUACGGGAGACUUAAGAAUCUCAAAGGCUCUGAUCUCACCCAAGCUGUAGAAGAGUCUCUUAAGAGUGUGAACCUAUUUCGCGAUGGAGUUGCUGAUAAACCUGCUGGAAAAUACAGCGGAGGUAUGAAAAGGCGGCUAAGUGUAGCCAUUUCACUUAUCGGGAGUCCUAAGGUGGUUUAUAUGGAUGAGCCAAGCACAGGACUCGAUCCAGCGUCAAGAAUGAAUCUAUGGACUGUCAUCAAACAAGCGAAAAAACACGCUGCGAUAAUCCUCACAACUCAUUCAAUGGAAGAAGCAGAGUUUCUAUGUGACCGAUUGGGGAUUUUUGUAGAUGGAAGGUUAAAGUGCAUAGGGAAUCCAAAAGAGCUCAAGGGAAGGUAUGGUGGAUCUUAUGUGUUUACGAUGACAACCUCAUCUGAACAUGCGCAGGAUGUGCAGAUGUUGGUUCAAGAUUUUUCUCCAAACGCCAAGAAGAUUUAUCAUAUAGGAGGGACACAAAAAUUUGAGAUCCCGAAAGAACAAGUUCGAAUCUCGGAAGUGUUUCAAGCGGUGGAGAAGGCAAAGAGCAGUUUCAAGGUGUUUGCUUGGGGACUUGCGGACACAACUCUUGAAGAUGUUUUCAUUAAGGUCGCUAGAAGUGCUCCAGAUUUAAAUGUAUUUUCUUGA